AUGCCAGCUUCCAAAGACAGUGUGGACGAGGUGCCGUUCUACGAAGAGGACCAGCCUUCUCUGGCCAAGGAGGCCUUCCCGGGGCUGAGACAUCCUGCCUGCAAAGUGGGCAUUCAGGUGAAGAUCGCCAACAGCCCUUCAGAUCGCUUCCAGAAGGCAGCGAUCCUUAUGGUGGCGAUCGAGAGGAUGAAGAAGAAGAAGAAGUUCUCCAAAACCAGGGCGCUUUUCACAGACGACGACCUGAUGGACAUCAUCAAUUCCGUCUUAGAACCAGUUGACUUUGACACCUGCGAAUGCACCUAUGCCACAGAUCCCAUCUACCACCUCAGCAGGAGCAUCUCCUGCAACAUCAGAGACGUCAACCAGAAGUCCCUUGUCCUGAACGGGACAACCCAGCUGGUGGCCUUGGAGCUCCAACAGGCUGACAUCAGCAAAGAAGCGAGGGUGAAAAUGUACGUCUAUCGGCCGAAAAUCGAGGAAGGCAGGGCAAAGAUCCCCAUCGCCCUGAAAAUCAAAGGGAAGGAGCUGUACCUGUCUUGCGUGCAGACCGGAGACCAACCAGCACUGCAGCUGGAGGAGGCCAGCAUCGAAGGGGACCUCGACAAAUCCGACAAAGGGCGCUUCCUCUUCUACAGAGUUGCAGUUGGGGACUACACCAGGUUCGAGUCGGCUGCCUUCCCUCAGUGGUACAUCUGCACAUCUGCCCAGGUCAACGAAGCUGUCGGCGUGACAAACCGGAUUGGGGAGGUCUCCAUCGUGGAUUACAUUGUCACAUAAAACGCGC